AUGUAUGAAAAGCAGUUAAAAAUUUGUGAUAUGCAUUUUGCACCUUCAGAUAUAGGCAGCCGUUUCUUGAAAAAAGGUGCUUACCCAAUACACAAUUUAGGAACUGUAGCUGAAGAGGCGGACAAUUUUGCGCAACCACCAAGGAACUUUGGCGAUAUAGGUGGUAUGCAAGAUGAACCAGGAUUUUUAAAUACAGGUUUCGAAAGCUUGAAAAAGAAAGCCAGCACACUAAGACAAGUUGAUAAGGACUUUGCAAUAUUGGUUGUUGAUGAAAUGAGACUAAGGCCAGAAUUACGUUACAACGGUAACUUAGACCAAAUAGAUGGCUUUGAAGAACUUGGCUUUUUUAGAAGUAAAACUAUUGCCAAAAGCCUUUGUCUAUUUAUUGUCAAAGGUCUUUUCUCUAAUUGGUCAAUAAUUCUUAAUUAUUUUGUGUCAGAAAAUGGUUUAGAAGGAGAUUGCCUCAGCAAUAUAAUUUUAAGAAAUUUGGAGCUCCUACAAGAAGCUGGUAUAACGGUACGCGUAAUAACAUGCGAUCAAGGUUCAGCUAAUAGAAAAGCAUUUUCUUGCUUUCAGGUUAGUCCAGAAAAACCUUUUUUCUAUUUUAACAAUAUUAAAGUAUAUUGUAUGUUUGAUUUUCCACAUUUAAUUAAAUGUGUGCGAAAUGGACUUCUGACUACAAAUAUAAAAGCAUCAGAUGGCAUUAUAAGUUUUAAUGUAUUGAAAGAACUGUGGAGACGGGAGCAUACUGCUGUAACAAAAUUGUGCCCCAAGCUAACAAGGCAACACAUCUUUCCGAAAAAUUUUGAAAAGAUGAAGGUGAAGUUCGCAACUCAGUUAUUUAGCAGAACGGUGCAUGCUGCUAUAAAAACAGUGGUUGAAACAGACGGAUUUACCAAUUCAUCUAAAGAAGACGCUUUAGCAACAGCAAAUUUUGUAGAAAAAAUGGACAAAAUCUUUGAUUGUAUGAAUUCCACCAAUCUCUACUCAAAGAAUCCUUUUUGUUGUGCGUUACAAAAAAAUAGCGUUAGUUUCAAUUACAUAAAAGAGUUUUUGAUAUACUUUGGAUCAUUAAAAUUUGUAGACUCAACAAAAAAGGUGUAUUUCUGGAAAGGUAUUAAAAUAACUUUAAAUGCUGUGUUGCAGCUUACAGAAGAAGUUUUUGCAAAAGAUAAUGACAUUUAUUUUGUAAUGACAAAUUAUUUAUGCCAAGACAGACUGGGAAACACUUUUUCAAUUUUACGACAAAAGGGAGGAUACAAUAAACAUCCUUCGGUGUCCGAAGUCAAUCAAAUUUUAGCUAAAGUAAUGACCAGAAAAAUCAUUGUUGCUUCUCCUGAUGGUAAUUGUGAGAUAGUAGAAGAUGAUCACACCUUCGACGCAGUAAUGGAUGGCAUUUCAAAUACAAAUACUAUCUCAUGUAUAACUGAAGAAGAUGAUUCGGAAAUUGAUUGUAGUGAAACAUUGAUUGAAAAUUGUAUAGUGAGCUAUAGCUCAACAGAUUUCGAUAUAACAAAAACUGAGCUUCCAUCGUUUCGUUAUUUUCUAGGAUAUAUCGCAUUUAAAGUUUUACUAAAAAUCGAUUGUCAAUCAUGUUUUAAGUCAAUACGGAAAGAAGAUGAGGUUGUAACUGCACCAACAGAAUUGUUUCUGUUCUAUAAGAAUUACUGCAAUAUAACCUAUUUCGGGAGUUGGGCACAGAAUUUUGUUGAGGGUGAAUUUACUUCUGGUGUUGUCCGAAAUGGUGUUGGUGUUAUGUUUUCUACUGACGGACUGACGUCAGACUUGUAUACAAUUACUUUGUAG